AUGGCAGGAUAUGAAUUAACAAAGUUUAGCGGAUUGACAGAUCCAGAAGAUUUUAUUAGAAAUUUUCGCCGAUGGUGUGAAUGUGCUAAUUAUGACCCAGGUGCUGGACAUAAUAUGCGAAUGAGAAUUCAUGGAAUUUUUGAAAAUUGUCUCGAAGGCGAUGCGAAAGAUUGGUAUGAAGGCAGGAUUAAAAAUAAAAAUUGGGAAUUACAAAAUAUUACUGCAAAUACUGGCGUAGUAACUCUUAACGCUAUUAACGCAUUGACUAAUAAUCAAAUACGCGCUAUCGAUGUUGCCAGAUUUAGAGUUCCGCCUCAUUCAGUAUGGGAUGAAGAUUGGAUAACAUCAGGUGGACAGCCAACUGACUUAGCUCCCAAUCCUCCUAAUGCGGGUAAUAAUGGAAAUGUUGUAGCUCCAAGUAUUACGAUUGGCCAAGGUAAUGAUCCAGUAAAUCGUUUUUAUUCGAAAUUAAAAAGAUUGAUUAAACAAGCUUAUCCCGCAUUAGCAGAAGCGAAUCAGGAGGAGUUAAUUAGACAACAAUUCUUUAAGAGAAUUUCGCAUGAUAACAAAUUAGAAGUAACUCGUAUUGGUCUUGAACAUCCGAUUUCUACCUUAAUACGGAAAUUGGAAGAAAUUGAAAGACGGAAGGCGGAAUUAAUGUUAGGGCAGUACGAUCCCAAUUCUCAUCCAGUCACCUCUCAUUCACGAUCUACAGCUAAUACAAAAGAUUCUUAUAUAACAAGCAAUACAGGUAUAACUGAAACCGAAGUCAGAAACUUGGUAAAAUCUAUGAUGUUAUCUGAACAAUCUCAACCUAUUUCUACACAGUUAGCUCCUCAGCAAAUACAACCACCACAACCGUCUCAGCUGUCACAACCAUCUCAGCCAUCUCAGCUGUCUAAACCUUACUAUGGACCACAGCCCUCAGGAACAUACCAAACUCCCGAUUUACCUCCAAAACCACAGAUAAAAAAAGCAGAAGUCGACUCUGAUGAAGAACUUUCUAAUCACAUGAGUAAGUUGUCAAUAAAUAAGGCUAUAUCUAGACAGGUCAAGAAGGAGAUUAAGAGAUUGUCCCAGCACAGGUGCUCAAACUGUGGUAGAACAGGUCAUAAUUCUCGCAAUUGUAAAUAUAAAAAGCGAAGGUCUAAGAAUAGAUCCAAAAAGACAGGUAGUGUUAAUAAGGUCACUGUGGAUUCAAGCUCUGAGCCAGGUUCAGAUACUGACUCUUCUGAUAACGAUUCUUCAGAUAAUAACUCCGAUUCUGAGGAAACUUCAUCUGAAUCUGAAGCUGAUAUCAAUAAGUCCAAAUCACGCAAAAUGAAUAAAGACAUAUCUACUUCCAAUAAAUCAAUUACCCUUAAACAGAAUAUUCGUCAAAUUUUAUUAGAAAUGCUCGAAAAGGUCUUACUCCCGCACCAGUUGGAGAAACUUAAAUCUGGAGAUAAAUAUUUAUUCAUUCCGGAUUUCACGAAUCGCCGAGAUCCGAUCCCAGCAAUACCUGAUUCAGAAGACGAAGAGACAUUGGAUGAUCCUAUGGAAAUUGAUUUUGUUCAGAGAAAAAGAUCCGGCUACAGAUGUUAUCCUGGUGCAAAUUUUCCAAUUAUGUCUGAAGAUAUAGCUAAACGAUUAAAGUUGGUAAUUGAUACGAAAGAAAAACAUGAUCUUAGAGGUAUUGCUACUAUUCCUACAGAAUCUCUUGGAACUACCCGAAAUGUAGCAGUAGACUUUAUUCCAGAUAAAUAUGAUUAUGAUUUGCUCGCGUCGAAACGAGAAUUAAAGCUCGUAUGUAAUGGUAAAGAGUAUUUUAUUCCGAUAAACAUGCACAAAGUCAAGAAUAAACUUGAAGUAAAUUGCGCUACUGCAUCUCAAGAUGAUAGGGACGGAGUCCCAUUGCUUUGCAAUAAGCCUUUGGUAUCCGAUCAAAUUUCACAGAAUACCAAUAGUAAUGAGAGUGAGGAUAAUGAAUCAUUGGAGAAAUGGCAUGCUCCCGCGGGUUUUAGUUUAGAUUCUGAUGAUUCAACUUUAAAAAAAAACGCAUGA